UAUUUAUGUUAAUGAGCUGGUUGUUGUCAUGAUUCCAGGUUCCGAUGUGACAGUGUAAAUGUUCUAAAUGUGUGAGAAACACUUCACUUUUCUUCUGUUACUUGAACAGGGAGCAAGCUCAGAAACUCAUCAGUACUUCUGAUAUUUCUUCACUCAGUUGACUUAAAUAACAAAGAUGUGGCGACAUAGUGCACUGAAAGAGGACCAGCAGAGACUCACUCUGCCUGCACUGACCAGCAACAAAAGCCUGCUGAGCAACAGACCGCAGCUUCAGAGGAACAACGUGCUGAGGCUCGACGAGGAAAUCGCCUGCACCCUGGGUGGAGAUGUUUCACAGGUCCCCUCUGCCAUUCGCAGCACCAUGAGGCAUCUCAGAUCUCGGCACACUGAGGUCAGCCAGUGGCAGGCCCAGAUAGCUGAGAGCAUUGGACGAGUGGGCCGAGAGAUCACUGCUGUGGAGAUGGUGAAAGACACGGCCGAGUGCUACCUCCAGGACAGGCGGCUGUACAGUCAGCUCAUGACCGACUGCGUGGCGAUCAAUAAAAGUUUGAGCACAACGGUUCUGAUGCAGGACAACGUCUCUACUCAGCUCAAGAAGGAAGAGCAGCUCACCACUGAGAUCACAGAGCUGCUCCAGAAGCAGAUCUGCAUCCUGCUCAAAAACCUAAGCUCCCUGAAGGAGAUCCGCACUCAGCUGCUGGCUGAUUUUCAGGACAAGGACGAAGCCAUCAAGCUCACCACCAAAUGCAUCACCCACGAGGUCAACACCCCGAGUUCCUGCCUCCCUGCCAGUCAAUACAAACCCAACCACGUGAGCUACGACAAGUGGCUAUCCAACUGCAGAGACCUGAGGGUGAUGGCCGACAACCUGAUCAAAGAGUCCUCUACCUUCAGGGGAAACCUGCGCUUCACCCUGGCAAAUCUGAAAAAUGCCCAAGAGCGCCAGCGCCGCAGCACAGAUGACUCCCUGAGGAGGAAGAUCAACGAGCUGAGCAAAAUCCAGAAUAUGAUGAUCUGGGAGAGGCAGCGGAUAAAGGAUGAGAUUUCCGAUCUGACCAAGGACAUACAGAGAGUGACGGGCCAGAUCAGGAACUGUGAUUCCAAGCUGCAUCAGGCCACCCACCGCCUGGACAUCCUCAAUCAGAGACCUAGACGCGAGCUCUGCAUGGACCAGCCCCACAUUAGCCUCACACUGGAGAAAUAUGACCUGACAAAGAUGGCAGCCGGACUUCACCCAGUACUGAAGCGCUCCCAGCAGGACCUGGAGCUCUCACGCAGACGUCUGAUGAUUCUGGAGGACAAACUUGCUAAAAACGCUCACACCCUGGAGGUGGAGCAGAAGUGCCAGAACCUGCACCAGAGUUUCCUGCCUGCACUCGAUACCACAGUGAUCCUGGCCAACAAGCCCAGGAUCCGCCCAGCCGUGGGGCGCUCCAGCCCUCACACCUACUUACAGUAGAGCCUAGUGGAGUGCAUCAGCGCUCUACUGCAACCCUGUGGCCUUCUCCAUGUGGUGUCGCAAAAUUUAAUAAAAUAUCUCUAAGCAUUA